AUGGCCUCUGGCAUAAACAAGGUUCAUCAGCCCGGGUCUUACAGUGGAUCUAAAGCCGCUCGCAGCGGCUCGGCAGAGGAAUGCAGCCAGGAAAUACACGUGAAAAUGUGCAAGAAGAUUGCACAGCUCACUAAGGUGAUACAUGCCCUGAACACCAAGAAUGAUGAACAUGAGGCUAGUAUACAGGCUCUGAGAGAGGCUCAUGAAGAAGAAAUUCAGCAGAUUCUUGCUGAGACAAGGGAAACAAUUCUCCAGUGUAAAAGCAAAGUUGAAGAAGAGCAAUUGCUGAGAAAACGUAUUCAGGUCCUUGAAUUUGCAGUAGAACAACACAAGAGACUACAAGAAGAAGCCUUGGCAGAGUUAACAUUGUGCAAGAAGCAGGUGGAAGAGAGAGAGCCAAGAACAGAAGUGAAACAAGCACAGACGGUUCUUUCUACAGACAUGGUAGAUACCAAUGCAGACUUUGAAAACAAGCUUCUACAUUUAAAUCAGCAGUCCAAUGGACUGCUAAAUGAAUGCAAAGCAUCUAGAAGAGAACAUUUAGAUAAAAAAGAUGCAAAAUACAGCUUGGAAGGGCAAGCUUUAAUAAAUGAAAUAGAAAACCUAAAGAGUGAGAACCAGAGAGCAGCUGAAAUAUAUACUCACAAAACAAGCGAACUACAAACCUCUUACGAGAGAGGAAAAGAGACUUUGAAAAAGGCUAUGCAGCAAUCUGUGAUAGAAACCAAGACGAAUUGUCAGGAAAGAGAAACGGAGGAAAGGAAGAGUUCAAAAGCUGAGGAAAGUUUUUUGCUGCAGCAGGUAAAGAAACUGGAGGCAGACUUAGAGGAGAAAAGCCAGAAGAUAAAUGAGAGGAAGAAGCAUUCCCAGAAGCUGAAGGAGAGAAUACAGGUAGAGAAUCUAGUUCUGCAGGGUGUUUGUAAAUGGAUUAAGAGUGCAGGUGUUACCAAUGAAGUUACAACUAGUUACAAACAAAUAGGUGCAUAUGAGCUCCAGAUACAGCUAGAGGAAUUUAAAAGAAAAUCUCAGUGUGAACUAAGAGAACUACAGAAAGAGAAAGAAGUCCUAACUGGGAAACUUCAGAACUCUUCACUUGAGGUGGCUCAGCUGAAGCAAAUAUUAGACCAGCAAGCAAAUAAUUUCAAGGAGUCACUGAAGAAACAUAAUCUACAGUCCAACAAAGAAAAAGAGAAGCUUUUGCAGGAUCUUCAAAAUACCAUUAAAGAAAACCAGAAUGUUAAACUGCAGCUGGAGGCAUCACAUCAAAAAACCUUAAAAAUGUUGGAGAAAAACAAAAAUCAAGAACUCAAGGAGGCAGAAGAACGUUUGAAAAAGGAAUUUAAUGAGACUUUCAAGAUCCAACAUCAGUCUCAUAAGCUGGAAAUACAAACCUUGGAAGAGAAAGCAAAAAAAGAAUUACAUGACGAACUCGAACAGAUACAGAAGCAGCAAACCCUGUUGCUAGGAUCUCUACGGUUGGAACUCUCUGAGCAGCAGACAUCAUGCACUAAUCUUAAGAAACAAAUAGAAGAACUCCAAACAGAGCUGAGGAGUGUGAGGACACUGAAGAAGCAACAGGCAAGAAUCCAGUUUUUACUUGGCUACCACGUUGUGUUUUGCAAAAGCAGCAGUAUCACAUUCUUCUCUCUGGAGGAAGGAAGUAGCCAGAGCCAGAUCAGAUCUCUUCAUGAUGACCUGGAAAAAUGUCAGAGUGAAAUUACCGAACUCAAGAAAGAGAAUUUACUUUUGAAGGAUACAAUGGAGCUACUCAGUGCUGAGCUGGAGUUGCAGAAGCAAGAAGCUGCCCAGCUCCAGGAUAGGGAGAAACAGUACAGAAGGACCAAUAAUUUGGGUAGAGGAAUAGUUAAAUUGCUGUGUGGCAUAGGUCCAGGAGAGAGACGUACUUGCAUGUAG